AUUUCAGUUGUCAGGAGUUUGUGUAACGUGUGACAUUGAGUCGAGCGAAAUGUUUCUGUCAGUGUUUGGUGUGGUCGCUCUCAUAUCCCAAGCCCUCGCGGCUUACACAGACCCCCACUGUGUAGGUGGUCGUGACGGCAUCGUUCACCUGUUUGAGUGGAAAUGGAGCGACAUUGCUGCCGAGUGUGAGAGGUUUCUGGGUCCCUAUGGUUUUUGUGCUGUCCAGACCUCACCAGCCAACGAGAACAGGGUCGUGACCAACCCCAACCGCCCCUGGUGGGAGAGGUACCAGCCGGUCAGCUACAAGCUACAAACCAGGAGCGGCAGCGAGGCGGAGUUCCGGAGUAUGGUGCAGAGGUGCAACAACGCUGGGGUCAGGAUCUACGUGGACGUGGUCAUCAAUCACAUGACAGGUGCUGGAGGCACCGGACACGGAACCGGCGGAUCCAAUUACGACGCCGGAGCUCUUCAGUUCCCGGGUGUUCCCUUCGGACCGACGGAUUUUAACGACGGCAGCGACUGUCAUACCAGCGACAUGAACAUUCAUAACUACAACAACCCGGAGGAAGUCAGAAACUGUCGUCUGGUCAGCCUCCUGGAUCUGAAGAUGAGCAAAGAUUACGUGCGCACCAAGGUGGCUGAUUACCUGAACCAUCUCAUCGACCUGGGCGUGGCCGGGUUCAGGGUGGACGCGGCCAAACAUAUGUGGCCAGGGGAUAUUGUGGCCGUUUUCUCAAAGGUCAAGUCUGUGACCAUGGGAGGUCAGCCAUUUGUCUAUCAAGAGGUCAUCGAUCAAGGAGGGGAGGCGAUCAAAGCGGAGGAAUAUUUUGCCACAGGACGAGUAACAAACUUCAAAUACGGUCUAGAGUUGGCUCGUGUGUUUAGGCGCCAAAACCCGAUGAAGUACCUCAGCAACUUCGGUGUGGGGUGGGGCAUGUGGGCCACCGACAAGGUGGUCAACUUCAUCGAUAACCAUGACAACCAGAGAGGCCAUGGUGGAGGCGGUGGUGUCCUCACCCAUUGGGAGCCCAGGCCAUACAAGCUGGCCACGGCCUUUAUGUUGGCCCACCCCUACGGCAUGCCCCGUGUGAUGAGCAGCUACGAGUACAACAGGGCCAACGACUACGAGGGGCCACCACAUAACGGCGACAUGAGCAUCAAGACGGUCACACUAAGUGGCAUGACAUGCACCGGUGGAUGGAGCUGUGAGCACAGGUGGCGCCAGAUCUACAACAUGGUUGCCUUCCGUAACAUGGCCAGAGGCACCGGGGUCAACAACUGGUGGUCAGGCUCCGACUACCAGAUCGCCUUCUCCAGGGGGAAUAAGGCGUUUAUCGCCCUUAAUCUCGAGUCCCAUGACAUCAACACUAAUUUACAGACUGGCCUGCCUGCUGGUACCUACUGUGACGUAAUCAGCGGUAACUACGAGAACGGCCACUGCACAGGUAGCUCAGUGACGGUCAGUGCUGACGGCCACGCCCACAUCCAGGUGUGUUCCAACUGUGAGGACCCCAUGGUGGCCAUUCACGUCGGUGCCAAGGUCGGCUCCCCUGCUCACAGAUUCUAGACGCAAUUAUUCCAAAUCAUUUUGUUUAAUCAAUUAUAAAAUAAAAGGGAUACAGCCACUACAA